AUGAUGUCUUCCAAAUCUCAAAGCAUCCCAAUUGCUCCCUCGCGCUACCGUCUUCUGGAGCAACGCUACAUGCAAGAAGAACGAGCUGCCAUGAUCCAAGCGGACUAUGACGAUUUUCUUCUUUAUCAGAGGAUUGUGGGUGGAAUUGAAAAGACGCAAGAAGCCACACAAUGUACCAAGCUACGAGAUCUGAACCAGCAGCUGAUCGAUCACCUUCACUAUAUACGCCAUGCUUCAUCUUCUUCGAGAAGAACCUACACUACAGGAGCAUCGCCUCCUUCUCGGAUUUCUGAUUCCGCUCGUCCACAUCAGCCAUCAAGGUGGAAUUUUCUUCCCAGAGAUGACUGUGAUGAGUACGCAUUUGAGGAAGACUAUCAACAGGAUGGUAGCAUCGAAUGUAUGCCUACACAGAGCGAUAGUUUUGCUUCCGUUGACGACGAGGAAACACUCAUUUUUGAGUUGGAUUUGUAA